UCCGCACAAUUCGCAUGGCACAUUCGUACCAGGCCAUAGAUUCUCAUCGCAGUGUCCAUUUUAGCCUGGUGAAGCGAAUGCUACUGACAGCAGCCACACUGACACUUGUGUUGCUCGUGUCGUGGGUGGUGCCGCAUCUGCAAACGGCCGACACCAGCCCUUAUGAGAGGAUCUUCCCAUUGUCUACCAAAACGCCUUACGCCAUGUCUGGCUUAGCCCACGAGCGACCACCGGAUCCUGACGACGACUGGUCCACGUGCUCACUGGUCCAAAUCAACGCCGUAUAUCGUCAUGGAACACGAUACCCCAUGCGACGCGAGUACGCCAAGAUGCACAGCACGUUGCUCGACCUACAAACUCGGUACAUGGGCUCCAUCCCGCCGUGGUUGCAAGCGUACACGUUUGGAUAUCCCGAAGAGUCGUCGGAGCUGUUGGCUCCUGCUGGGCGUCUCGAGAUGGAAGGGCUCGGCCGGCGGGCACGUGCCUUGGCGGACCAGUACAAUUUGACGUCCAAGUACUCGCGUGAAGCUUUCGUUUUCGAACACACCAGGGUACAACGCACGCUCGAGAGCGCGACAGCGUUUGCCGACUCUUACUUUGCAGACACGGCCCCCAACGUCACGUUCAUGUGCCGACCUCAGGGACAAGACAUCACUCUUCGAUUCUUUGACAACUGCCCGAAGUACAAAGCAUGGGUUCGCAAGAGCACGAAUAUGACGAUACAGACCAAGGCGUUUGAAGAAUCGAGUAGAGCCAUCGCAAUGGUCGGUCGGCUUCGCGACGCAGGGCUACACUUGCCGUCGGGCGCGGCGUUGACGUGGCAGGAACUCAAUGCGAUCUACACGGCAUGCGCGUAUGACGUUGCGCUGUUCAACCAGUCGCGCACGUGGUGCUCGCUGUUUUCGACGCAGGACUUGCUGCUCCUGGAUUUCUACAGCGACUUGAAGAAGUUUUACCAGUGCGGUCCCGGGUUCAACAUAUCUGUGGCAAUUGCUGCCCCACUCUUGUCCGACAUGCUGGCCACGAUCAAGGCAUCCCAUCUCACUGGAUACUUUCGCUUUGCGCAUGCAGAAACGGUGCUGCCGCUCGCGUGCUUGUUGGGCCUGUGCUUGUCGCCAUCGCCUCUCACAGCGUCGUGGACCGAGACCGAGAUCAAUGGCCGGCACUUUAAAGUGUCGGGGCUUUCUCCAUUCGCAGGCAAUCUGGCCUUUCAUGUGUACACCUGCGGCGGAAAUGCACGUGACCGCGGGGAUGUGCGCAUCAAGGUAUUGGUGAACGAAGUCGAAGUACCGUUGCCGUUUUGCAAUGGCUAUUGCACCGUCGAGGAUUUGGAAGUCCACUUUCAGACUGCACUCCGCUUCGACUUUAAGGCCGAGUGUGAACUGUAGUGUUGGGCAAUUCGACAUGUCAGUUGGCACAUAGCGCGAGAUUCAAAGAGGAACGACCAUGCUAACGUUUUUUUAACGAAGACACGAUGGACACAUACAUUGC